UGUCUAGAACUAGAAUUGUCUGCCUCAGGGCUCAGGGUAUGUCUACAAGGACUCGGGUGAAUCAGUAUGAUCCGGAUGUACAAUAGCAGCUUUGUAGAUAUUAUAGCUUUCGUAAGUUAUUUUACAUCUGAUUAAGUACAAAUUCAUAGUUGUGUUGAGGUAAUCUACAUGCUUGAUUUAAGGGGCAUGCACUGAGGCCAGCAAUUUCCCAGAUGGAAUGAAAGUAGACCUUAUUAAUUGAUUCAAUGAUUGAAAAACUAGUUGUUAUUCUAACUCAAUCAUAUUAUUCCAUACUAGAUUAAUGUAAUACAUUUUCUUAUGUAAUGGAAGCAUCUCUGCAAUAAAAACUCAAAUAGUCAAAGUUGAUGUUUGCAUGGGAUGCCUAUAUAAGCAGUUUGAAUCAGGUCAUUCAAACACAUCAACAUUUUUCAAGUAAAGAGAGUUCAGUGAUAAAGAGUUCAAAAUGAGGUCAAGUUUCAUGUUUUUGCUUCUUGCUCUUGUACUGGUCAAUACUGUUAUGGUUUGCAAUGGGAAAAAGCUGCUGAAAAUGAAGUACUAUCGCAGAACUUGCAGUUCAGUUGAAUCGAUUGUGAGGGAUAUUACAUGGAGAAAAGUUGCAGAAAACGCGAGUUUUGCACCAAAGCUGUUGAGGCUUCAUUACCAUGAUUGCUUUGUCAGGGGUUGUGAUGCAUCAAUAUUGUUGGAUUCAACUGAUGAUCAGAAUAAAGAUAAUGAGAAGGCUGCAGGACCAAACAGAUCGUUGUCAGGGUAUGAAUUUAUUGAUGAAAUAAAGGCGAAACUUGAAGAAGAGUGCCCUGGAGUUGUGUCUUGUGCUGAUAUUCUUGCAUUAGCUGCUCGCGAUGCUGUCUCAUAUCAAUUCCAGAGACCAAUGUGGAAAGUUUUCACUGGGAGGAAAGACGGAAGAGUUUCGCUCUCCUCUGAAGCUUCAGCAAACAUGCCUUCAGCAUCUUCUAAUCUAACCACUCUUCUUACCAAAUUUCAAACUCAUGGCCUCGACAUGAUGGACCUUGUAACGCUUUCAGGAGCACAUUCAAUAGGAACCACUAGAUGUGUUUUGCUAUCUAGAAGACUGUACAAUUUCACAGGACGCGGUGACACUGAUCCCUCACUGGAUCCAGAGUACGCAGAAACCUUAAAAAAAAUCUGCCCGAUUCCUCUAAAUCCAGCAACACGUGUAGAAAUGGAUCCUCAAAGCUCAGGCUCAUUUGAUAGUCAUUAUUUCCAAGCUGUUAACCAACAUAAAGGCAUGUUUGUAUCCGACGCAGCAUUACUCACUGACCAGCAAUCAGCACAGAUGGCUCGAGUUCUAGAGAACCCUGUGGUAUUCAUUGCCAGGUUUGCCAAAUCAAUGAAGAAAAUGAAUGAAAUAAUCACACUGGCAUAUGGUGAAGGAGAGGUGAGGAAGAAUUGCCGAGUUGUUAAUUAAUGCAAGCCAUAAUUUGUUGUUUCUUGCAAGUGUAAUUGAUUUUUUCUUCUUGUUUAAUAAUUUAUUACUGUUCUUGGCGCACAUGUAUAGUGUAGAAGAUCUGGCAACCUGCCUGUCAACAGAUCUUGAGUUGCAUUUCCUAGCCUUCAAGCAAAAAUAUUUGUUAUUGCUCACAAUAUGACUAAAGUUUUACAUA